AUGGUCCCAACACUCUGGCUUGUCACCUUUGUGGGCUUUCUGCUCAACCUCCACCCAGUCCUGGCGCAAGACAACACCACCACCACCCCAGACACACUCGUUGUCAACACGCCCCCCGUCUUUAUCCAAUGCAAGACUGCGAACCUCAGUUGGACGGGAGGAGUGGCUCCAUACCACAUCACCGUCAUUCCCGCCGGAAAGGCAAAGGCCAAGCCUCUGCGCGACUUUGACGCAGUCAACGGUACCUCGAUGACUUGGACAGUCGACUUCAAGUAUGGCAGCAACAUUGGCCUGAAGAUUGUCGACGCCUGGGGCAUGAUGAACUGGUCGGGAGCACUCGAGGUUCAAAACAGCACCGAUUCGUCUUGCGUCGUCCCUGACCCACCCUCCACUGGCAUGCCCGUCGCUGUCAAGGCCGGUAUCGGUGCCGGAGUUGGCGGUGGUGUCCUUGCCCUCGUCGGCCUCUUCUUCCUCUUCUGGUUCUGCCGCCGCCGUCGCGCUGCCAAGGCUCAGGCCGCCAAGGUCCAGGCAAAGGAGGAAGCUAUCAUUGGAACCGACACCAACGAGAGCAGCCCCACCAAGUCUGCCAAGUCGUCCAAGUCGACCACCGACACGUCGUCGGACGAAGGACCACACCUCCCCUCGAUCAACUACCGCCCGCCCACCGGUUCCAUCAAGCACAUCGUGCCCAGCCCCACGGCCCCUGGACCCAGCCUUGCUGGUGCCACUGCACCUCAGCGCAGCGCUAGUGCGAGUUCCGCAAGCAAGGUCACGUACCCGGCCACCUCUGCCCGUCCCGUCACCCCGUCCUACGGCGUCUCUUACGAGACACACAAACGCGCCCUGUCGGACGUCACCUCUGAAAGCGACUCGGGAAGCGUCAAGGGCAAGCAAGGCUUCGUCAUGCUGAGUGAUGACGAUCACCCGGGGUCCUCGGCUGAGGAGCUCGUCGCCCACCCAAAUGCCAACCCCGCCCCCGACUCACCCACUCCAAACCGCGUAGCCAACUCGAAGAAGGGUUAA